GAAGAGCCAGGAACGUGCACCAUGUAGCUUACAAAUAGAUGGACUCGUCCACCAUUAUUAGAGAUGUUGGAAAAGAGGAUAGUUUUAAAGGAGUGAGGUUUGAGUAUCAAAAAUUUCAAGAAAACCAUCAAUGAAGUGUCUUGGACUUCUCUGUCUUCUUGCUACAGGACUUUCCACGCUCAGUGUUGGUGCUGUGGUGGAAGGUUUAAAGCAUAAAUACUACCACAGAUCAUGUCCUCAGGCCGAGGAGAUUAUCGCCAAUAUGAUGGAAAACUUCACAAGUGCAGAUCAAAGAGUACCUGCGAGGAUAAUAAGAAUGCAUUUUCAUGAUUGCUUUGUGAGGGGAUGUGAUGGGUCAAUCCUACUAAACUCGACACCGGUAAAUAAGGCAGAGAAAGAUGCUCCUCCUAACAAUCCUAGUGUCAAAGGCUUCGAACUGAUUGAUCAAAUCAAAGAGGUUUUGGAAAAUAAAUGUCCUGGAGUAGUGUCUUGUGCCGACAUUCUCACUUUUGCUACUAGGGAGAGUGUUCAUCUGUCUGGCAAGUUUGAGCGCUAUCAAGUUCGUGGUGGAAGGAAAGAUGGAAAGAUCUCUCGAGAAUCAGACGCUCUCCUUAACCUCCCACCCCCUUCCGCCAAUGUUCAAUUGCUUGUACAAAUGUUUGCCAAUAAAGGCUUAUCGCUCGAAGACUUGGUCACUCUCUCAGGAGGACAUUCAAUAGGAGUUUCACACUGCUCAUCGCUACUUGGGAGGCAUGUAAAUUUUAGCAAAACUGGGACACAUGACCCAACAUUGGAUUUCCACUUGGCCAUGAAGUUAAAAAGUGAAUGUGUCGGUGUUCACAAAGCAGAACCAACUGUUGUUGUCAUGGACAGAUUUACACCAACUAGUUUAGAUAACAAAUACUACAAGGGACUACUCCAAAACAAAGGAUUGUUCACGUCUGAUCAGACUCUGUUGACAAAUACGUUUACUAGAAAGCAAGUGAUAGCCAAUGCAGUCCAACCAUUGGCCUGGAAGAAGAAGUUUGUUGAUGCGAUGAUAAAGAUGGGUGAAAUAGAGGUUUUAACAGGACAAAAGGGAGAGAUAAGAAAGACAUGUGACCGUGUGAAUUAAUGAACCUUUAAAGCUUUGCAUAGUUCUGAAGAAGAGGUAUUGAGUAAUCUUCCUUCUUUAUGCUGAAUGUGUUUUGUUCUUGAGAAAGUGUUUAUUUGUUGUUGGAUAUCUUCUACAUCUAAAGGUGUACACAAGAAUUGUAUGAACAACAAAUCUUGACGAAUUCAUGAAUAAUCAUGUCUUCUAUCUUGUUAUGUGACUCUCAAUAAUAUUUGGGUUUUGCUUGCA